AUGAGCAACCUGGAUCGAAAAAUCAUUGAACACGAAGGAGUUAAAUAUUAUAAAAAGGGAGGUCAAUGGUACCAAAUAUUUCCAAUUGACAACGACAAAGUACCCGAUGAAAUUAAAACUACUGAAAGACUUGCAAAAAUAGACAUUCCGGAUAAAAUUCAACUCGAUGUGCUUAAAUGUCUGACCUUCAAUCAAUUAUUAUCUUUUCAAGAAACAAGUUUUUAUUUAAAAAAAUUUAUUGACAAAUAUGAAAAGGAAUUGGCAAGGAAGAAAUACGAAAGACUUGAAUUUGUAGGUUUUUUUAUAAAUUGAUUCCCUAAUAAUGCACGGCGCCGGGCCUGAUCCGGCCGGAUUUUUCAGAACCUCUGCCCCAGUUCAGACCUCCCCAUUUUUUCAGAGCCUCUGCACUUGCUCUCCCAAAUACCGCGUUUCUUUCCCAAUCUCAGGAUAUUUUCGGAC